AUGACUGUUGACCCUACCAUCGAGCAAGUGACUCAAAAUGUUGAGCCUAACCACAUCGAGGCUUCUCGGUCCCAUGACCCGAGCAACAACAUGAAACGAACCGACCCCUUCCAAUUCGGCUCGCGACACCUCGAAAAGGGCGACGAUGUCUUUGAAUUCAACGCCUGGGAUCAUGUUGAACCAGACGAUGAGUUCAAGGCCUUCGCCCAAACCCAGUAUGCGAAACAGCGAGAAACACGGGUGUCAGAUUUCGAUCGCAGACGAUUCAACAAUGACCCUGCGAAGUGGUGGGACUUGUUUUAUAAAAAUAACACAGACAAUUUCUUCAAGGAUCGCAAAUGGCUGCGCCAGGAGUUCCCAAUCCUUGCGGAUGUGAUUCAGAAGGACGCUGGGCCCAAGGUCGUUCUGGAGGUCGGCGCAGGAGCUGGAAAUACUGCUUUCCCAUUGCUGGCGAACAACGAGAACGAGCAAUUCAAGCUCCAUGCCUGCGAUUACUCCAAGUAUGCCGUCAAAGUUAUGCGCGAGAGCGAGCAUUACAACGAGAAGUAUAUGUCUGCCGAUGUCUGGGACGCAUCUCGUGUGCCGAACGAGGAUGGCGAUUCGCUCCCACCCGGCUUGACCGAAGGCUCGGUCGAUGUGGUGAUCCUCAUUUUCAUCUUCUCCGCUCUGGCCCCUGAUCAGUGGGAUCAUGCCAUUCGCAAUAUCUAUCGCCUCUUGAAGCCCGGUGGUCGUGUACUCUUCCGUGACUAUGGUCGCGGUGACCUCGCCCAAGUGCGAUUCAAGAAAGGCCGUUACAUGGCCGAGAACUUCUACAUUCGUGGCGAUGGCACGCGCGUCUAUUUCUUUGAAAAGGACCAGCUUGUCGAUAUGUGGGGAACCUGGUCCGCCCAAGAAGGCAUACAAAUACCUCUGGGCUAUGACGCUGAUGGAUCCGUUGAGGAGUCUCAGCCCGCGGAGGAGAAAUCCGAAGAGGCCAAGCAGUUGGCCAAGGACAAUGGAGCCUUUGAGGUGCUCAACAUGGGGGUUGACCGACGAUUGAUCGUCAACCGCGGCACCAAGCAGAAGAUGUACCGCUGCUGGAUGCAGGGCAACUUCCAGAAGCGUGGUGGACCUAUCACCGAGACUUCCCCUGACGCCACUCAAUGA